AGGCCUAGGCUAGCCUCGAGGCUAGGCUAGCUAGAUAACACCGGUUUUAUUAUUUGACUAUAAAGCAUCUUGUAUCUGGUAGUCACAAAAUGGCUGCAAAAAAUGGCCUUGAGCUUGUACUAUCAGAAUCAAGUGAUGAAUCCUCUGCAGGCUGGCGAGACAAGUCACCACUUCCAAGGAACCUUCAGGGUGAUGAUUCUGGGUAUGGGACUGUUGAUUUGGACAAAGAUCAGUCAGUCACUGGGUUAGAUACUCAUAUAGAUCAAUCAGUCACUGGGUUAGAUACUCAACUAGAGAAGGAUGACCAACAAAAGAACCUUCAGGGUGAUGAUUCUGGGUAUGGGACUGUUGAUUUGGACAAAGAUCAAUCAGUCACUGGGUUAGAUACUCAUAUAGAUCAAUCAGUCACUGGGUUAGAUACUCAUAUAGAUCAAUCAGUCACUGGGUUAGAUACUCAACUAGAGAAGGAUGACCAACAAAAGUCAGUGUUCACUCAGUUGACUGAGGUUGCCCUGGAAACUGGAGAGUGUACUGCCCAAAACUCUAUAAUAGUUACAAAUAGACAACCUAGUGAUGAAGAUGCUGUCUGUGGAAACAUACAAGAUGAACAUGGAAACGAGAAUGAACAGAUUGAAUCUGAUGGUGACCCAAAAACGCUAAUUUUAAGUUUCCUGUUUUUGAUGUUAUUUGGUAUUUUAAAUCCGGAAAUAACUGAACCCUGUCAACCUAUGGAUAGAUGCUCCCCACCACCAACAAGUACAGGAAUCCUGUGCUCAGCUGCGAAUAUUGAAGAGCUUUUAGCUGGGAUUUCUUCAAGUUGUAUACAGGAGGAAACUGAUGAGACUGAACAACAGGGAACCACAAAGAAGAAGAAAAAGAAAUUGAAAAAGAGAAAGAAGAAAAAGUUGACAAGGCCCACUCCAGAAAAAAACACCAGUCGCCACACAACAGUGCCAUUUUAUGAUGAUAUUCGAUACGGAAUUGAGGUUAGUAUGCUUUACUUUAUUAAAUUGUAUAUCUUAUUGUUUCCUUUUUUAGUUCUGAUCAGGAGCUUUAGGAAUACCCUGCUGAUCGAAACAGCAGCUCAGCAAGUCAUGUAUACAGGAGGUGUACAGCCAUUUCAUCUUCCAGUUCCAUAUGGAAUUCAGGAGGUUAGUAUUAUUUAA